UCUCAUGUUUAGAAUAGAAAGAAAAAAAAAUUAAUGGAUUUGUCCUUACUAAUAUGUCAUUUUACACUCGGCUUUUUCUAAAACAGCUUCCGCACGCUAAUCCCUCCUCUCCUCCACCUCAACCAAAGGUGGCAUCCCAUAAGCCAGGAAUGCCUCGUCGUCAUACUGUAUCCACACCGUAUCAUCAACGAGUCACUGCUGCCUAUCAAAUCAGCCGUAUUGUACAACCACAACAGCCAAGCAAACAUGGUCGUCGGCAAUCCCUUAGUGAUCUGACGACACCUGUCUUACCAUCUGACAGUGAACUUAAAGCAAUGGCUCCGGCCGGCAACUUUGAGCAGAUGACACGAGAAGAGCUUAUCGAACGCUUGGUACAACUUGAAAAACAGAAACGAACACGGUCAGACUCCUCUGUUAUGGAUGAUUUGACUUCCCAACAUAUACUGAACGGAGAUAACUCAGCCCACAUGGAAUCCACGUCUCCUUCUAUGUCAUCCCCACUUUCGUCCUCAGAACACUCACCCCAGUUAUCCGAUCGGGAAGAUGUCGAUGAUAACGAAGAGUCUUCAAGACAACGAUGUGGAUGGAAACAUUGCGGUACAGAAUUUGACACACUCGAAGAUCUCAUCGUUCACGUUCGCGAUGACCAUAUUGGAUGUGGCAAGCCAAUGUACAGCUGUGAAUGGGAAGGUUGCUCUCGUAAUCAAAAACCUUUUACCAAACGCCACAAGAUGCAUAAUCAUGUUCGUACACAUACAGGCGAACGUCCUUACCUUUGCACGGUUGAAGGCUGUGGCAAGCGGUUUUCUCGCCCUGAUUCGUUGAACACGCAUAUCAAGACGCAUUCAAACGAAAGACCUUAUGUUUGCCCUCAUCAAGGUUGCAAAAAAGCAUAUUUCCAUUCUCGAUCCUUAAAAAAACACGAACGAGCUCACGAACAACAAGUUUCAACCACUGUUUCACCUGGUCGCUCCCAUCCUUACUAUGGAGCCUAUCGCGGUAGUAAGACCACUACGCAUGAUAUGCUUCCAGCCAAUUGUUCAAUGGAAGCGAUGCCCAAUUGGGUCGCUGGCACAUGGGUGCCCACUGCGACAUCAGCGUAUCCUCUACCGCUUCAAGGUCAACCGCACAUUGUCUUACCUGACCAGCAGCAGCAACUCUACCAGAUGCAAGCCAACUUAAUGUCAUCCAAUUCUGACUCUCUAUGAUCAAAGGGUAGAAACCCCCUGCCGGCCGCGCCUCAUCCACGCUUUCUUAUUAAUGUACAUCUAAUCUCUUGUCAAAAAAAAAACAUACUCAAAACCGGUCGACAUCCCCCCCCCCACCUUGUCCAUCACCUCUCCAAA